AUGGCAAUAGCGUCUUCUAUUAUAAUUUAUAUGAAGUACUUCACCGAAUUACGUUACUAUGACUACAAGUUUUUACUACAUUACCCUGGACACGCGUUCAAAUGGACAAUAUCAGGAAUACUUAUAGUGGUAUUAUUCUUUAGUGCAGCAGAAGGAAUCCUAACUGACUUGUCAAGAAAUGACGUCACCAACCCAUACUUGUAUAUUCCACAAAUGUUUUCAUUAUUGGGACUGAUCAUAAGUUUAGUGUAUUACCAUCAUAUGGAGUACUGGGAUCGACCUCAUCUUGCCUGGUGGUUGUUACUUUACUGGAUCAUGGCUAUUACUGGAGAAGUAUUUGCAGUAUUUACAAUGUCACAGUCGAUUGGUUUUAAUUAUAUUAUCUUGCGAUUAGAUAUUGGUAUUAUCGUUAUUAUUUUAUAUUCAUGCUGUGCAGCGGGUGAAUUUAACGUACUUCGAAAAAAGAUGUUCAUCUCACUAGGAGAAGAAGGCACAACCUCAAAGGACAUACUGAAAACAAAUUUGUUCUUCAUGAAAUCAUAUGUAAACUUGUUAUCAAACAUAACAGUUUGGUGGUUAAACUCAUUGGUGUUACUGUCACGCAAACAAACAAUUGAAAUUGACGACCUGGGAUGCUUGCCUGAAGAGUUUGAAGGGAAACGCAUAUUACACGCCUUCAACAAAUCCUACAGAUGUGAGCAGAGUUACCCUUUUGUUACUGUGAAGGAAUUCUUCUCAAACGGUUUUAUUCUCAUGUUUCUGAUAAGUGUAAUUCUCAUGCUAAGAAACCUGUUAGCCGUGUAUUCAUUUCGAGUAGCCUUCGAAGUUGGCAUUCACCUGAAAACAGCUAUUCAGAAUUUUGUUUAUGAGAAAGCACUACGACUAUCGUCAUUAACGAAUUCAACUGCGGGGAAAACUAUUAAUUAUAUAUCUGCUGACUCAGACUCAACACAUCAAUUCUGUCUAACGUUUGGUAAUCUGAUAUCAAAUCCACUUCAGAUUCUUGUUGGAUGUUCGUGGCUUUUCUACUCAAUGGGAUUGGCAGGAGUUGUCGGUGUUGGUUGUGGUCUGUUGGCAGUGCCACUGAUAUUGAAAUUAGGUAGGAUGCAAAAUAAAAUACAGCGUAUAAGCAUGCAUUACUCUGAUAUCCGUGGGACAAAAACAAACGAGUUAUUACAGGGCAUUAAGUUGCUGAAACUGUGUGGAUGGGAGGAACUGUUCGCAUCUGGUAUAAAAAGUACACGGAGUGAAGAAAUGAAACAAAAAUCUAAACUAGCAAAAUACUUUAUUCUCUUAGGUGCCACGUCAAAGUCACUGCCAUACAUCGUCACCUUUGCUAUGUUUGCUGUAUACUCGAAAGUCACCACAACACCCCUGACACCUGAGAUAGUUUUUACAACUAUUGCAUUGACCAGCUUACUAAUACAACCACUGUCGACAAUGCCAUCGCUUAUUAAAGCAACGGUUGGGAUGAUAACUUCUACCAAGAGACUUGAAGAGUUUAUGCGCAUGGAGGAAAUGGGUAGUUGUGCCGACCACAGAGACCCAGUAGAUGACUAUGUGGAUUGCAGUGAUAUUAAUGAAAUAACCGAGGAAUAUGAAAUGAACGAAAUUGAAAUGAAGCUCACUACUCCAUUAGUGCAAAGAGCGCCGCAGCAAAAUUAUAAGACAACUCGUAAAAUAAGUCCAAUGCCAAUGACUGGUACUGCUGAAAACGUGGAAAGAAAUAAUGUUGCAAUUGAAAUUAUUAAUGGAUAUUUCUCAUGGGGGACUGAUAUACAUGAAGUAGUUUUGAAUAACAUCAAUGUCAAAUUUGAAACAGGAACAUUAACAGUUAUAGUUGGCAAAAUUGGCGCUGGCAAAUCAUCUUUAUUGUCUGCAAUUCUGGGAGAAAUGAAUACAGUUUCAGGAAGAAUUCAGUUUAAGGGAAAAGAUAAACAAAUCGCAUACGUUGCUCAGAAGGCCUGGCUGCAGAAUGCUACACUACGAGAUAAUAUAUUAUUUGGUGAGAAGUUUGAUCAACAGAAGUACAACACAGUUGUUGAAGUAUGUGCAUUAACUCCAGAUUUACACAGUUUGCCCGGAGGUGAUUUGGCAGAAAUAGGCGAGAGAGGUAUUAACAUUAGUGGGGGGCAGAAACACAGGAUUUGUUUGGCGAGAGCUUUGUACAGCAAUACUGACGUAGUCAUAUUGGACGACCCCUUGUCGGCAUUAGAUGUACACGUGAGUGGGCACGUCAUGGAAAAGGCAAUAUUAGGAUUCCUUUGUGAGCAACAGCGUACAGUUAUACUUGUAACUCAUCAGAUUCAACAUCUAGAACAUGCUAAUCAGGUUUUGGUUAUGGACAAUGGACAGAUAAUACAGAAAGGGACUUUACGUGAAAUACGAGUUCACAACAGGGAGUUGUACCGACAAAUAAUAUCAACAAUUUCUGACUCAGAAAACGAAACAAAGGAUGAAUUGGUUAUCAAACGCAAGCGCAAACAAGUACGUUCUCGAAAAAGUAAGACAAGCAAAAAAGGGUCUCCACUUGUCGAAGAGGAACGCCCGCCAUUAACUGACGGAUGGACUAUGCUAUAUUUGUAUUGUCAGGCGUUCAAAUUUACACAUAUAGGCGUCCUUAUGUUUGUGUUACUCCUACAAGUUGCUGCUUUUGUUUGCCUAAAGAUGUGGAUAGCCGACUGGUCACAAGCUGGUCAGGACAGCCUCAAUAAGACUCGGGUUGAACAAGAGAUGGUGGUCUCAUAUUAUCUGCCGCCAUAUGGUCUCAUCAUAUGUUUUUUCAUCAUCACGGUAACCUUGACAAAAGCCUGUGUAAUUUUAUUCUGUAUAUCAGCGGCAAAGAGAAUAUUCAGCAAAUUGUUAUAUAACGUUAUGUAUUCACCCAUGCGAUUCUUUGAGACGACACCUGUUGGACGACUUAUGAACAGAUUCUCCUCAGAUAUGCGUUCAGUAGAUUUAGCACUUUGUAUAUCUCUAAGUAGCAUAUUUGGUGCUUUCACAACACUUAUUGGUACCUAUAUAGUGAAUGCCAUUAUAUCACCUUAUUUUAUUCUUCUUGUGGUACCCAUUGGUGUGAUUGGAGUAUUAUGUAUAAUCGCCGGUGUCAAAUUGCCACGGGACAUCAAACGUUUGGAUACUGUCUCAUUGUCACCGAUUCUUUCACAUUUUAGUGAAACGUGCGGAGGAUUAUCAACAAUAAGGGCAUUUAGAGCGGAUAAAAGGUUCACGAAGCAAAUGCGAAACACAGUGAAUGCCAAUAGUUUGUGUAAAUUAUACUAUUGUGCCUCAUUGAAUUGGAACACAUUAAGGAUUAAUACUAUUGGCUCACUCUUAUUUUUUGUAUUCGGAAUUGGUGCUUUGUUAGCAUUUAUUACUGGAAAUAUCAAUCCGAGUUCUGUGGGUCUUGCCAUAACUACUGGAUUAAUGGGGUCAAACAUGAUAAAUCUCCUAAUGACUUUUAUGGUUCGAUUGUUAUCUUGCUUUAAUGGAGUUGAACGUGUUUUAGAAUAUGCCAACGUGACUCCCGAAGAAAUCGAAGGUACAGUUUAUCCACCUGAUAAUUGGCCAAACAGAGGAUCCAUCACCAUACAGAAUAUGUCAGCACGUUAUGCCAAUACAUUAGAUCCAGUGUUAACAAAUGUGAACGUCAAGUUCAGAUCCGGUAAAAAGAUUGGAAUAUGUGGUCGAACGGGCAGUGGUAAGUCGUCCCUCACUCUCACAUUAUUGAGGAUGAUCGACAUCAUUGAAGGUCGUAUCAUAAUCGAUGGUAUUGAUAUAUCAGACAUCUCUGUAUUGACACUUCGACGUAGAAUAUCUAUUAUUCCACAAGACCCAGUUCUUUUCUGCGGUACUGUACGGUUUAAUUUGGAUCCUGAACGUAAGUACGGCGAUGCAGAAUUAUGGUAUGCCCUGGAGAUUGCACAGAUGAAAGGAUACGUGAUUGAAAUGGAUAAUCAAUUAGAUACGAUUGUUACAGAAGGAGGUGACAACAUAAGCACUGGACAAAGACAGUUAAUUUGUUUAGCAAGGGCCUUUUUGCGCAAAAGCCGAAUUCUUAUCAUGGACGAAGCAACUGCAUCUGUUGAUUUACAAACAGACUCCACAUUGCAAAGCGUUAUUGCCACAGCGUUUUCCGAUAAGACUGUUUUGACAAUUGCACAUCGUAUAUCUACCAUACUUGACUCUGACACUGUACUAGUACUAAGUGAAGGCAGAGUUGUGGAAUAUGGUACACCACAAAAUCUUCUCAGGAAAGAUGGUGGUAUGUUUGCAUCAUUAGUGAAGAUGGAAUAAUAUGCAAUUUUUAGUAAUAAUAUUAUACUACUUACUGUAGUUCCUGUUCACAAAAUGUAAAAAGCGCUUGCGGUAUAGAUUAUUCGAUACAAGUGAACAAUCAAUAUUGACUAUGAUGAUUCUGAUGAUAAUGUAUUUGUAUAACAUGUAUUUUCUGCCGUAUUUAGAUGUAGAUUCCUGUUAUAAAUGAACAUUAUAUAUGUACUUUGUUCCUAUUGUUAAGGCUAAGGUAUAUAAGAGGAAAAUCUCCUUGUUCCUGCUGUUGCUAUUGUCGUCGUCAUUGUAAAACUCUUGUGGUUACAAUAACUCAAACAGUUUGUUUUCGAUUUUCAAGAUGUUGGUUAAAUUUAACUUAAAUAUGUCUUAUUAUUUUGCUUACAAUGAAUAGGACAAUUUUCAUGUGUUUAUCUAUAAAAUUGGUACAACUAGCGAGUCCAAUAUGUUCAAGAUGUUGGAACAAGUUUGAAUGAAUUAUAAAAAUAAUGACAAAUA